UUCCUCCGCCAUGGAGUCUGCGCUGCUGGAGUUUCAGAAGGACCUGGAGGAAGUAAAACAGCUCUUGGAAAAGGCGACAAGGAAACGAGUACGAGAUGUGCUAUUUGUGGAGCAACGCAAACUGGAGACCGAGAUCGCUAACAAACGGCAACAACAAACAGGGGAGUCUAUGGAAGUUCAGAAGCCAUCUGCUAUUGUCCCUCCCAUUUCCACCACCUAUACAGUGAAAAUUAGCAACUACGGCUGGGAUCAAUCUGACAAGUUUGUGAAAAUCUAUAUUACUUUGAAGGACGUUCAGAAUAUUCCAGCUGAUAAUGUGCAAGUCCAGUUCACAGAAAGGUCCUUUGAAUUAUUGGUGAAAGAUCUAAAUGGGAAGAAUCAUGUAAUGACUGUAAAUAACCUCCUGAAGCAAAUCACACCUGAAAACAGUUCCAGAAAAGUGAAGACAGACACUGUGCUCAUAAUGUUGAGGAAAAAAUCUGAAAGCAAGUGGGAAUAUUUGACACAAGUUGAGAAACAGACAAAGGAGAAGAAAGACAAACUCCCAAUGGACACAGAUGAAGACCCCAGUGCCGGUCUUAUGAACGUUUUAAAGAAAAUAUAUGAUGAUGGAGAUGAUGAGAUGAAGAGGACCCUAAAUAAAGCCUGGGUGGAAUCUCGGGAUAAACAGAUGAAGGGUGACAUGGAUUUCUGAAGAGAAUCUUCUUGUCCCUUGCGCCUUAAAAAAUGUUCCCAACCCAGGGAUAGGCCUUGCUUUAACACAAGUAGAGUUGAUCUCUACAGGGUCCAUAGUUUACACUCUAAUUCCUUCCCCGCAUGUAACAAUGCUGUUUUGAAAUUCCAUUCUCAUUGGAUUGUCAGAUGCAACAAAAGCACUCCUAGCAGUUUGGUUAGAACAUUGAUUUGUCUGUUUCUCCCAUUUUAGAUCCUCAUUUAGGGCUCACAGUCUUCAGAGGUUAUGUCCGGAAUUUAUUUUGAUGUAUUUGUAAAUGUCUAUAAAAUGUGUUUUUGUUUUGUUUAUUAAACUCUGCCAAAUAC